AAAAAAAAAAAAAUUGUACCUUUUUACCAUUUUAUAUGUUCCAAUAAUAUGACAGAAAAACAGGAUAACAAAAAUAGAAAUAAUAAUAAAUUUCAGCAGUUUAAGUCGGAGGUAUUUAAGCGUAAUGCAUGGGCCAGCAUAAUUUAUUUUAUAUUUUGGUAUCCACCAUGGACUAUACUUUGUCUUAUAUGGGUGUUGUGUACCGGUUUAAUAAGCGUUAUUUUGUUGUUGGUAUUCUUACCUUUGGGAUAUUUUGUUUGCAUAGGAACCGUAAUGUCAUGGAGGACAUUGGCGAGAGUUGAAUUAAUUGCUUUAUCGUUUUGUGUAAAUCCUUCCUACUUUCUAAUUGACACUAUUCCAGAAAUAACACGUAAAGCGCCACUUUAUCCAAUUACCAAAAUUUCACCUACAAAAACAGAAACGAAAUUUCCAUUAUUAGGAACAGAAUUUUUUUAUAAUAAAUAUACAGGACAAUGUUUUUAUUAUUUCGUAUUAUAUAAAUUCUUUACUUUAAUUGCAUUCAUUAAAUUAUUACCAAUAUUUUUAAUAAUAUCUUUACCACCUUUUACAUUAUUUGGUUUACCUAUAACUUGUAAAUGGAGUAUGAAAUUUGGUGAAAAAUCGGUUAUUUAUUCUAGGUAUAUAUUGGUACCCGGAUGGAAACCUGAUAUAAGAGACGAAGAUCAAUAA